CAGCACAGGACAAAGUAAUUUAUUUCUUUUCCCUGGUAAGAAAAGGAACAAGGAGAAAUAGCAUGAGAGCUGAUCUUGGAGAAAAGGGAGUCAAAAGUUUCAGCUGCAGCAGCAAAGAGCAAAAUUUCUACAGCAGUACUGGGAAGUGACAGGCAUGUCACUGAUGACAGCAGCCUACAAUGAGAGGGGAGACUAGGUUUUGAUGAGAGUGUGCUUAGCAAAUCCUAGGCAAAGUCCUGUAGCAAAAGUAAAAUUGACAAGUACCUGGCCAGUUUAAAGAACUAUUUUGAGCUCAAAAUGGGAACACGGUGUGUGUAAAUCAUGAAUUACUGUUGCCUUGUGCACUCUGGGACUACCUGACGAAAGGCAAUUCAUAACAGAGCAAGGAUUUACAGUGGGGGGCGUUUGCAAGAGUGUGGUUUUUAUAAGUUUUUUUUCCUAGGUGAGUUAGGUGACUGAAUAAGUUACUCAAUUUAUCGAAUAAAGAAGCAGCAAGCUUCUUUUGAUCAUCUCAGAUACAGAUCUGCCUUUUGGAAAAUUAAUACUCAGUAGUAGUGUUACUCCAGAUGCCAAAGGAAUUUACACAGAACAUUAGAACAUGCUUGUCUCAAAUUGUAAAUACUUCUCAUAUCUCUGUUCAUUUUUUUAUAAAGGUGAGACUUAGCAUAUGUCUACAUCUUUUCUGCUUCUGUGCUGUAGCUACAGAAGAUCCUUUUUUAAGUAUUCUUUUUCUCUCAACUGUGUUGCUUCUACUUUGUAUUACAGAGAAGUUACACCAUUGAAUUAUGAUUUUUUCCAGUUACCUCAUGUCAGAACAUGGGUGUACUAAAAAAAAACCAAACAAAGACAGACCAUGGUUCAGGACCAAAUGAGAAGAGAAAAGUGGCCAGUGGAGGAGAACAAGUUAUGAGAAAAGACCAGGGAGCAGAGAUGUCAAAACACCAAUGAGUCAGCUUGGGACCAUCUGGGUGAAGCUGAAUGUUGGCCAGCUCCUGUGGAAGGAGGGGAGGGCAGGGCAGGGCAGUGGUGAGGGCUGGUGUCUGCGCUGUUCUGAAGGAACCUGUCACCUCAGAUGACUUGAGUUUCUGUCUGCUAGUGCCAGAGAGCGUAAGUAGCUCUUCAAGAGCCAAUCCUUGUCCUUACAGCUCAUGACCUCAGGUAGAGCUAAGCUAACUCUGGAUUACGAGGCAGUGGCAGCUCUUCCUCAUAUUUGAUUCUGCCUCCAGACCCACCACUGUCAUUCCCCAUUUUGAAUAAGGCUGUGCAUAAGAAUGGAGGGGAGGUAUUUGAUUGAUUCCCAGCUCUCUUGCUUUGAAACUGUUGUAGAGACAGGAGCUGCUGCUGCCACAAUGUCCAUAGAUAAGUGUGCUCACUGCUUUGAGUGGCUUGUGUACAACAGUUUGAACAGUUGUGGGCUAGUGGUAGUGCUGCAUGACAGUUUUGAUUAAGACAUUAAGUCUGAAUAAUCAAGAUUACAUGAUACAAUUUGGAAUAGAGGAGGAGCAGCAGCAUUUUGAGGCUGUCAGCAUAGAGCUGCGCUUCUCUGUGUGAAAACAGGAUGAGUUAGAGCCGUAAGCAGUCCGGGAUCACAAAGAUGAUAUCUUGGGAUGAGAACAUGCUGAGUUAGAGAUGACAUGGUUGGCUUUAUCUUGACGUCCAGCUCCCUGUUCUGUUACUUUAGGUAAUAUUUCAAUAAUCACAUUACCAGUUUCCAGCACCAACUCCCCAACUAAGAUUUUGCCAAAAACCUUAGGACCAAUCAAUGUGAAUGUUGGACCCCAAAUGAUCAUAAGCACAUCACAAAGACUGACCAAUUCAGGGAGUGUUCUGAUUGGGAGUCCAUAUAACCCAGCUCCAACAAUGGUCACCCAGACACACAUAACGGAAGCUUCUGGCUGGGUCCCAGGGGACAGAAAGCGGACUCGAGAAUUCAUAGAAUCAGAUUUUUCAGAAAGUAAGAGAAGCAAAAAAGGAGAUAAAAAUGGGAAGGGUCUGAGGCAUUUUUCAAUGAAAGUAUGUGAAAAAGUUCAACGUAAAGGAACAACUUCAUACAAUGAAGUCGCUGAUGAGCUGGUAUCAGAAUUCACAAAUUCUAACAGCCACCUAGCUACAGAUUCGCAGGCUUAUGAUCAGAAAAAUAUUAGACGGAGAGUUUACGAUGCCCUUAAUGUCCUGAUGGCAAUGAACAUAAUUUCAAAGGAGAAGAAGGAAAUCAGAUGGAUUGGCCUUCCUACAAACUCAGCUCAGGAAUGUCAGAAUCUAGAGAUAGAAAAACAGAAGCGGAUUGAAAGGAUAAAACAGAAGCGAGCCCAACUACAAGAACUGCUGCUGCAGCAAAUAGCAUUCAAAAACUUGGUACAAAGAAAUCAGCAAAAUGAACAACAAAAUCAAGGCCCUCCAGCUUUGAACUCAACAAUACAGCUGCCUUUCUUAAUAGUCAACACUAGCAAAAGAACAGUUAUAGACUGCAGCAUAUCAAGUGAUAAAUUUGAAUACCUCUUUAAUUUCGAUAACACUUUUGAGAUUCAUGAUGACAGUGAGGUGCUGAAGAGAAUGGGAAUGUCCUUUGGGCUUGAGGCAGGCAAAUGCUCAGCUGAGGACCUAAGAACUGCAAAAUCCCUGGUGCCAAAAGCUUUAGAAGGCUACAUCACAGAUAUGUCUGCAGGAUUUUCAUGGAUAAACCAAGGGUUACUUUCAAGUUCAGCACAAGCAGUUUCACAUUUAGAGGUAGCAGGAGGUACUUCUGAUGCUAAAUCAAGUGAGAAUCCAGGGUUGUGUUUGGAUGCUGAAGUGGCCUUAGCAACUGGGCAGUUUCUUGCCCCUAGCAGUCAACAGUCCAGCAGUGCAACAUCACGCCACUCUGAAUCACGGGGAGAAACUCCAUGCUCAUUCAAUGAUGAAGAUGAAGAGGAUGAAGAUGAGGAUUCUUCCUCCCCAGAAUAAGGACAGCAGAAAACAGAAUACACAAAAUGCUGCUCAUAAAUAUUCUUAAUGGGAGGUCCUGCUUGGAUUUUACUUAAAAGUUUCUUGCCUUGGUUUGCACUGUGUUCAGUGAAGCAAAAUGGAAGCUUCAAACAAAUUCAUCCACAGCUGAAAUUGAAAACUUUUUGUAACUGAACACAGAGUGACACGCAGACACAGAGAAAAGUGUUUUUUAUCAACUAUAACCAAGGAAAAGAACAAAGUCCCUGGAGAUUUGGCAAAGUAAACAUCAAGUUCACAUUUUCCGUUUUGGGACAUUGUCUCAAGUCUCUGUCUUCCCCUUAUCUUUACCAGAUGGAGAAGAAAACAAGAGUCAGUCAACAAACACCAAUUCGUGCAUUCUCUUUUGGCUGUGCUACCUUUAGAAAAAGGGGGAAGAGAGAGCAUGCGCAAAUGCGCUAAAAUAGCUAUUUAAAACUAUCUUAUAUGAAAAUUGUUCUAGGGCAAAGGGGCUGUUAGAAUGUUUGCUUUUUUCUGUUCAACUUGCUGUAUAGAAGAUUCUUAAAGUAAUAUAAAUUGCAAGUGAUUAAA